UCACAGGAGCAACAGUAACCACUUUAGGCUCCUAUGAAGUAUCUGAGGGUUGUGAGAGGAAAAAAGGCCAACGCUGGGGGUCCCUGGAACGUCGGGGGAUGCAAGCUCUGGAGGGGGAGGUGUUACUUCCAGCUCUCUAUGAGGAAGAAGAGGAGGAGGAAGAGGUGGAAGAGGAGGUGGAAGAAGAAGAAGAACAAGUGCAGAAAGGUGGCAGCAUGGGCUCCCUGUCAGUCAGCAAGCACCGGGGCCUGAGCCUCACGGAGACGGAGCUUGAGGAGCUGAGGGCUCAGGUGCUGCAGCUGGUGGCAGAGCUGGAGGAGACAAGGGAACUGGCGGGGCAGCACGAGGACGACUCCCUGGAGCUGCAGGGGCUCCUGGAGGAUGAGCGGCUGGCCAGUGCGCAGCAGGCAGAGGUGUUCACCAAGCAGAUCCAGCAGCUCCAAGGUGAGCUGCGGUCUCUCCGGGAGGAGAUUUCCCUGUUGGAGCGUGAGAAAGAAAUUGAACUUAAAGAAAUAGAACAGGAGUUGCAUUUGGCCCAAACUGAGAUCCGGACCCUGCGGCAAGCAGCAGAGGAUUCUGCGACUGAGCAUGAGAGUGACAUAGCAUCCCUGCAGGAGGAUCUGUUACGGAUGCAGACAGAGCUUGAUGACAUGGAGCGCAUCCGGGGCGAGUACGAGCUGGAGCUCUCCUCCCUUCGUGCAGAAAUUGAAAUGAAGAACUCUGACCUGUCCAGUAGCCUAACUGUCUCCGAUAUCUCCGACAUGCAAGAAGAACUGGAGCAACUGCGGGAACGCUGCCGCUACCUGAACGAGGAGUACCAGGCCUUGCAGGAGAGCAACAGCAGCCUCACAGAGCAGCUUGCCCAUCUGGAGAGUGAGAGAACACGAAGAGCAACUGAAAGGUGGCUGGAGUCCCAAACGCUAAGGAGUAUGACAUCGACAGAAUCUCAGACUUCAGAAAUGGAUUUCCUAGAGCCUAAUCCUGAGACCCAGUUGUUGCGACAGCAGCUGCUGGGAGCAGAGGAGCAGAUGCAUGACAUGAAGAGCAAGUGUAAGGAAUUGUGUUGUGAGUUGCAAGAGCUACAGCAUCAGCGUCAGGCCAGCGAGGAGGAGCAGAGGCGGCUGCAGAGGGAACUCAAGUGUGCGCAGAAUGAGGUGCUUCAGUUCCAGAUGUGUUACAGUGUCACCCAGAACGAGGAGCUGAAGACCAAGCUCUGUGCCCUGCAGGAGAAGUACGAUGCUAGCCAGAAUGAGCAGAAUGAGCUCCUGAAGGUGCAGCUCCAGCUUCAGAGUGAGCUCCGACAGCUCAAAGUCACGAAACCCACAGUCAUAGAAAGCCAUAAUGAUAAGGAGUUGCUGUGCCGGCUCCAGAGGCUUCAGCACCAGUACCAGAACAUCAUGUGUGACAAGGAGAAGCUUCUGGAAGUGCAGCAGCAACUGCAGGAGGACCUGCGGUGCCAUGAGGCAGAGGUGCAACGCCUCAAGGACAUCGAGGCCUCCUUCGAGGAGAGCAGUGAGAAGAACGAAGAGAUGCACGCCCAGCUUCAGGAGAUGAAGAAGCUGUACCAGGCCAGCAAGGAUGAGCAGGAGCAGCAGAAGCACAUGUACGAUAAGCUCGAGCAGGACUUCUCGCUCUGCCAGAUGGAGCUGAAGCAGCUUAAGAACACUCAGAGCUUUCCAGAGGACAAGGGGAAAUGUGCCACUAAGUGUGAUGAGCUGCUGUCCAGACUGACAGAAUUGCAGGAAAAGUACAAGGCCAGCCAGAAGGAGAUGGGGCAGCUGCAGAUGGAGCAGUGCGAGCUCCUGGAGGACCAGAGGAGGAUGCAGGAGGAGCAGGGCCAGCUGCAGGAAGAGCUGCACAGGCUCACCUUCCCGCUCCCGAAAUCUGGUCUCGUCCAUAAGAGUCAGGAGCUGCUUACGAAGUUGCAAGACCUAUGUGAAUUGCAGCUGCUGUGCCAGGGCAUACAGGAUGAACAGAAAAAACUGAUAGAGAACCAAGGAGCUUUACUGAAAGAACAAGUAGAGCUGCACGAAGAGCUGCGAUUUUGCAGAGAGUCUCACUUCCAGGAGGUGUUGGAGAAGCCCAAGAAUUCCAAAUUGUCUAAGUCCUCAAAAUGCAAUCAUAGCAAGUCCAAGGAGCUCAUCGACAAGAUACAGGGCCUGCAGAUCCUGUACCAGGCCGGUGAGGCUGAGCAGGAGCUGCUGCAGCAGGAGCAAGGGCGGCUCUUGGAGGAGCGCAGGCGGCUGCAGGCAGACUUGCAGCUCUGCCUAGAAGAAAUGCAGCUGCUCCAACUCCAGUCCCCUACCAUCAAAAUGAGCCUCGAGUCCUACAAGAAGAGUAAUGACAGCAUGCCAGCCCUCGAUGAGAACUGUCACAAGAGUUAUGAUAGUACCACGGAUGACACCGAGAGCUAUCAGAAGAGUUAUGGUAGCACCCUGACCAGCAAUGAGAGCUUUCUCAAGAGCUAUGAGAGUAACACCCACAACAGCGAGAUCUCCAACAAGAGUCACCACAGCAGCAGCAGCAGCAGCGUCACCUACAAGAAGAGUUAUGGCAGCACCAAUAGCAGUGACAUUGACAACGACACUGCUGAGCCAGAAGAUCUAGAGCACUUUGAGGAGAUGGUUGCCCAGGUGUUGAUCAAGCUGCAGGCAGUGCAGGCCAUGUACCGGAUCAGCCAGGAGGAGCACAACAUCGUGCAGGAGGAGAUGAAGAAGUUGCUGGAGAAGCAGAAGGAGCUGAAGGCAGAGCUGGAUACCUGCGAAAAGGAAUUCAAGGAGUGCAUGGAAUGCCUUGAGAAGCCUCCUACCUCCCAAAAUGACAAGAAUGAGAUCAAAGAGCUGCAGACCAAGCUGCGGGACCUGCAGCUGCAAUACCAGGCUAGCAUGGAUGAGCAGGGGCGGCUCUUGGCUAUUCAGGAGCAGUUGGAGGGGCAGCUGCAGUGCUGCCAGGAAGAGCUACACCAGCUCAAGGAGAAGAGGUCCUCUGUUUCCAAAGACACCAAAGGAAAGAAUGGCAAUAAGAAUAUGAACAAGAAUGCCAACGGGGUUAAAAAUAGAAAGCCGAGUCUGGAAAAGUGUGAGGGCAGCCUUGAGACCAGAAAAAAAAGUCUGGAGGUGGUGCUAUACUACAAGGCCAGCCAGAGAGAAUUAGAAGAGCUAGCAAGAGAGCAAGAAAAAGAAGAGGAAUGUAAGGAGGAAAAGAAAGAGGAAACAAGGAAAGAGUCCUGGCGUGAACUACCCUCUGAGCUCUCAGAUAUUAUAGAAGUUGACUCAGCAGAAGAUCUAGAAGAAUAUGAAGCGUUCCAAGACCUGGAGAAUAAGGAAGACGAGGACAGUGAUGACCCUUGCCCUGAAACUACAGAGGAAAACCCCCUCAAACUUUCUGAGAGCAAAAAGAACAUGUUUGGGAUGUGGAAGCCUGUGGUGUUCUUGGCUAUUGCAGCUGUGGCUCUGUAUUUGUUACCCAACAUGCGACCACAGGAGACAGAGUUCUGCCUCAUGGAGUGAUGGCAGAUCUGGGCCAGCCAAGGGGGCACAUCCCCCGUGGCCACCACCCUCAGCUUUGUGCAGGACAUU